AUGCUGCGCAAGGGCGUAAGCGGCAACGCCGCCGCGCGCGGCAGCACUAGGGCGGCAGCGGCAGACCGCCGCCCGAUCAUUGCCGCUGCUGCGGGCGCGCACGCGCCGCCUGCCGCCGUGCUGACGGGCGCCUCCGGCGGGAUCGGCAGGGUCACGGCGCUGCUGCUCUGCAGCAAGGGGUGGAAGGUGUUCGCCGGCGUUCUGAAUGAGGCAGAGGCGGAGGAAAUGCGCCUGCUGCACGCGUCCAUCGAGCCGCUCGUGCUCGACGUCACCGA